GAUAGUGCUUUGUUUAUGAGUUAAAAACAGUUCAUUUUCUUCUUCUAGUCAACGUUUCAUAUUUACUCUAGUAACACUUUGGAUAACUUAAAUAUAACAGAAAUAUUAUGAAGUGCAUUUUAGGUUUUCAAAUACUGGGAUUUCUUUCUCACAACAAAUGCACAGAAUUCACCAUUCAUGUGGCAAACAUCGUGUAGGCCAUUAUGCUACCACUGUAUUUCGUGCUCAUUGAGAAUACAUGUACCUAAGUGUAUGAAGUUUCAUACUUUUCAUACUUUUGUGCAAAAGUGACACUUCAGUUUACAUUUGUACACAUAACCUUGAAUGAUUAUAGUGCAGUGAGAAACAGUUCACCUUACAUUGACUAUUGUUAGCUGAUAAACAGAGAGGACAAGAGAUAAACUGCACUUACAUGUUGUUGCGCGGUGUGCUCCCCGCUGUCACACAAAGCUCCGUGAAUUUUCCUGAUGAAACAAUGGACAGUAACUAGUAACGAUAACAACUGUAACGUUAACGUCACUUAUGAGCUGCAGAGAGCGUGCAUAUACCUUUUUUUCCAUCUCGUCAAAGUCCGUGUAGGAACGUUUCUCCGCAGUCUCUUUCUGUUGUGUUAGGUCUCACGACUUUUCUUUUCGGCAUGUUUCUAAAGUAACAGUCAGAGGCCAGUUCGACGAUAGGUUUACCAUUUCACCCAGGAAGUUAAAAGUUUGUUUUUAUCCCUGAGAGCGCCGAUUUGAUGGGAGUAUCAGGAUACGUCCAAUCAAAGACAGCGUAGGGCGGGUCAUGCCCAUCAUGCCGGUCAGAGCGAAGGUGUACCUGGCAGCUAUCAACGCCAGGCCUUGGCACACCACGCGAGAGUGCGUUAUUUUAACGGUUGACGGUUGAUAUUUGUCGGUUGAUGCUCUCUCUGCAUAUCAUCAUCGCCCGAUGGAUACACUGCAGACAUAUGAACCUCCCGUUAGUAAACACAUGGAGAGGAAGUUUGCAGUGGUGCAGUGGCGUGAAGGGGAGGAUUGUGGGAAGCUCAGUGAAGUAAAAACUGAUAAUAUACGGAGGUACGAUGAUUCCAAGAUGGACCUACAUGGGAAUCCCAUCUCCACCUACUCAGCCGUUAUCGAAUGGCGCCACGGGAAGAAACAGUGUGGAGGGUGUCCCCACUACCGGGCCACUGUUAAAUUUCUCAGUGAUGUGCCUGAACUCCUAAAGACCAUGAAGAAUGUAUUUGAUUUGGCUGAACCUCCACGACUACAGCUGACCACACCACGACUGCCCCCCCAAAGUUCUCCGCAGUCCAGGCCUGGUUCAUCAUCUGCAGAUUCGCUGCUGUCCCUCCCCAGAUCUUCACCGUCCAGCUCCACAUCAGAAUCUGUCAUUCCAUCGUCCAAGGUGGAGAUCCAUCCUGGGACUGGAGUCAUGGUAGAGAAACUGGCGUGGGCCUAUGCAGUCAAUGCAAAUUCGGCUACAGUAUUUGUGAGGCAUCUGCUCACAGCAGUCUUCCCAGUGGAGAUACUGCUGGUGAGCAAUCUUCGAGGGGGGAAACGAGGUAGAGGAGAUGCUCGUCUACCUCUGGACAAAAGUAAACUGGAUGCUAUCUACAUUAGGUUUUCAACCUUUUAUGGUGCAACGCUUGAGAGGUGUCCUGGGACCCAGCCCUCCAGCAUUGGCAGCACAAUCAACGCCAAGAUCACAGAGCUCCGUGCCAAAAGUAAAAUGGUUUCUGUUACAACACCCCCUUAAAACCACACCACAAUUAUUAUCCACCUGGAAGUAACUGUUACUGUUACAGUGUCACAUUUGUAGCCAGGUUUUACCUGUUAGAGGGAAAUUGUUUUAAGUGGGCAAGUUUUUAUCCCUCCCUACUUUUGCCCAUGUUGAUGUUCACUAUAAUAUCAGUUCACUGCAAAUAAAGUCCAUUAAAUAAAAAGUUUUUCUAACAGCCAUUUUUUGCAGCAUUCGAAUAUUGAAAGCAUUUAUAGACUGCAGUUAUGUAGCUGGAAUGGUAGA